AUGACGACACUGAACAAAACCAACAACGGCUCUUUUGUUUCUUCAUUCCCCUCCGAAGUACUCGACGUUGUUUUCAAUCGCCUUUCAUUCCGUGAAUGCAUCAAGUGUACCGGUGUCUGUCAAUCGUGGAAUGCAUUUCUCUUCAGUUGGCCUGGUCUUUGGUUCGAGAUAUCUGAUCAAUGCUGCAGCUUUGAAAAGGACCUGAAAGCAUAUCAAAGGAGCUUACCGUGGGAUCAUGUCCAAAGAUUAUCCAUUAAAGCCGGCUCGUUGGAUUAUAUAUCACGCCACUUACCAAAGAACGUCCACACAGCUACAUUACGAGAGGAGUUUGAUGGAAGAGAUAUCCGACGAUUUUGUAUGUUUGUUGGCAGUACCUUGACGACGCUCAAAUUGGAACAUGGCUUUUGCAACCCACUUCCUGAGAUUGUGUUGGAUACCAUUUUACAAUAUUGUCCAUAUCUUCAACACCUCACCUAUUACUCAUCUUGGGAUAUCAACUUCAUUCCUGUGGUAUCAUUGGCUCCACUUUCAAUUCAUGAACAUCCACUCGAGAGGUUGGAGAUGGACUUUGACAAUAUCAUCAAAUUGGAUGCUCUCCUGAUCAAACGACUGAUUCCCGUGUUACCCAACCUGAGGCACAUACGACUUAAUUCACACGACCUUCGAAACGUGGGCGAUGUCCUUGAUGCACUUGCACGUUAUUGUCCGAGGCUGGAGACAACCAUAUUUUCAGAUACCAUCAACCCCGCCGCCGCCGCCUCCUCCUCGUCUACUACUGGUGGUACUACAACAAGUUUACUAUGUCUACGUGGCGUGGAUCGAAUCAAAUCGGAAGGACUUGCCACAUUUCUUUCUCAAUACGAUCAACGUCUUGAAACGCUCGAGUUACAUCUUUCCUCAGACGAUCUCGCUCGUAGCGUGUCAUCAGGCCUAUCGACCUUAGGCCAUGCUCAACAUCUCAAAAGGAUUUGCUUGACGUCAGGGAUGGGAUGCUUCAAGACGCAUGAUGUUUGUGUACGUUUGGUAUCACAAUGUCCACACUUGGAAGAGGUAUCGCUUGCCCAAUUUGAUUUCCUUGCCGACGAAGGAUUACAAGCAUUAAGUCAAUUGGACCAUCUUGAAUCAUUAUCACUCUCAGGCUGCUUGUUGGUCUCUCCCAGCGCAUUGGUACAAUUUGUGGAAGAAACGCACAGCAAACAUUGUCUACGCCAAUUAAAUCUUGAUUCCAUGUUGGCAUUGACUGAUAAGGUCCUUGACGCUAUUGGCAGAAAUCUUGUCAUGCUUGAACGAUUACAAACAACGCGAUGUUUUUAUAUCAGCGACACAGGGUUACGCUAUUUCGUUGACAGCUUUUCGGGUUCCUCUUUGCGUGAAUUUGUAUUUGGUCAAGCCUCUGCUAUCCAACCUUGUUCCCUUUCUCGUGAAGCAUUGUUGUAUGCCCAAUCGAGAUUAGGCUCACAAGUAACCAUCAAGGAAAUCAUUUGUUGA